AUGAUUGUUGUAUCGCGUGGAGCAGACACGGCGAUGAGUGGUGUUGCAGGCGGAGCCCAGCGGAAGGCUGUUCAUUGGGCAGUGCGUAUUGAAAUCAACGACAGGCCUCAUCACAAGUUACAAGCAAGUUACGGAAGCGGCGGCGGCGGUGGUCGACGGGUUCAGCACCCUCUCCCAUUUGCAAGUGUUGCGACUGAGAAUAAAAGUCAGUACUCUUUACCGAUGAGAAUAAUUGUAGAUUUACGAGUAAAUCCGUCCCUGGCUGUGUGUUUGCAGGUGCAACUGACGAUCCGCACGCUGCCGGAGCUGCCUGCUGGCGCCAACUACAAGUGCGUGUUCGGCGCGGCGGAGCCCAUCGACGCGGCGGUGACGGCGUUCGGGCUGUCGUGCCCGACGCCGCCCGUCGCCGGCCGCCCGGCCAUCCCGGAGGCGCGCGACCACGUGCUGGUGCCGCUGUCCGUGCGCUCGUCCGAGACCAACAAGGACUUCGUGAGCCGCAACUUCGCCUACUACGACUGCGGCCGCCACACGACGUGCAUGCAGUGCGUGCGCUGCCAGUGGGCGUGCAACUGGUGCGUGUACGAGAACAAGUGCACGCACAACACGUCGACGUGCCAGCGGACUGUCGUCAGCGGAGAGAACAAUCCUGCUCAGCUUGCAACGCAUGGGGCUAGUUUUUGCCCAAGAUUUCAUAGCCCAACUGGUGACAUUCUCCUUCCUAAUAAUGUGCCAAAGGAGAUUGUACUUGAGGUGGAUAAUCUGCCUCAUCCUCAAGUAGGACAUACAGGCUUCCAAUGUAUUGUGAAUAUUGAAGGAGCCAAAAUGAUGGUCCCAGCUAGAGUUGAAUCGAACCGCUUCAUCGUAUGUGACAGGACAACUUAUUCAUAUGAAGCCAACACAGGAGAGUAUGAAGCAAGUGUUACUAUUGUUUGGAAUCGUAAUCAUCAUGUGGACACUAUAAAUGUUACAUUAUACAAAUGUGACAUUCUUGGAUCACACCGUGAACAUCCUGAUUGUUCUCUGUGUGUAACACGAAGUGCAAAAUACCAGUGUGUUUGGUGUGGAUUGACUUGCAGUUAUUCUCAAAGUUGCCAGCACAUUCCAGUCAGUGAAUGCCCUAAACCCAGAAUAGAUAUGAUUAAGCCACUCAGUGGGCCUAUUGAAGGGGGAACUCUUGUCACAAUAGAAGGAAGUAAUCUUGGUCUUAAAGAAGAGGAUGUGAAAGGAAAAAUAAGUAUUGGAAGUACUCCUUGUGAACUGGUCCACUAUGAAGUAUCAGUUCGUAUAGUUUGUCGCACAGGUCCUUCAGAUGGUGAAAUUAUUGCUCCUGUCAUGGUGGGCAAUGAAGCUGGAUAUACGGAAUCUGCUGUUCAUUUUAGUUACAAGGAUGUUCAACUACUUGGAGUAUUUCCUCCAAUGGGACCUCAAAGUGGAGGUACCCAAUUGGCUAUAACUGGCCAAUACCUGAAUAUUGGUAGCAGUAUUUCUGCAUAUCUAGAUCAUUUGCCGUGUCAUGUGAAUUCUACACAAGCUUCAAGUAGUCGAAUUACGUGCAUCACAACUCGUUCAAGUGAACCUAUGCGUGUUCAGAGGUUGACCCUUACAAUUGAUGGAGCUAAUCGUACUUUGGAGAGUAAUCCUUUCAAUUAUACUCUUGACCCCACAAUAAUGGAAAUAAAACCCCUCACAAGUUUUGUAUCAGGUGGAAGAAUGAUAACAGUCCAUGGAACAAAUCUAGACACAAUAUUAAAGCCUGAAAUGGUUGUAUACAUUGAUGAAGAACCCACUCCUAUUAACAAAACAGUUUGCAGUGUGCUGAAUACUGCACAAAUGGAAUGUCCCUCUCCGCCAGUGAAUCGAAAGUUUCUUCUUAGUGCAAGACAACGUCGCUCUCCAAAUAAACCUUCCCGCUCCAUGCCAAAAUAUGGAACUGAUGCUCAAUUGCAAUUGCGAAUAGGUUUUAUUAUGGAUAAUGUUGAAUCAGUUAAAGAUUUGGAGAAACAUUUCCAAAAUCUUCGUUCACAUUUGCUGUAUGUUGACGACCCACAAUUCUUCCGUUUUCCAAACAUGAACAAACUUUACAAAGGAGACACAUUGGUUAUAGAGGGAGUGAAUUUGAACCUUGCCAGUGAUGAAUCAGACGUAAAUGUUACAAUUGGCACCCAACCUUGUAAUGUUACAUCCUUGGCAUCAACACAGCUGGUGUGCAGCCCACCUGAAGUUCAGCCAGCAGGCACUGAUGAAAUUGGUGUUAGGACUGAUACUAAUCUCCCAUUAGUAGUUGUACGUGUAGGCCGAAGUCUGCGAUUCUCCAUUGGAUUUUUGCGAUAUGAAGUGAUCAAGCCAUAUACAUUUCCUCCUGAAGCUAUAGCAGGAAUUGCUGCUGGAACAUGUUUUCUAGUUUUUCUGUUUGUUAUUGUGCUCUAUGUGUAUCGGCGGAAGUCUACACAAGCUGAACGUGAAUAUAAACGGAUUCAAAUUCAAAUGGACACACUCGAGAGUAAUGUGCGAUCUGAAUGUAAACAAGCAUUCGCUCAGAUGUGCACCUGGGACCCUCGUCGCAAUGCCAGCCCAAGACUGCUGCAUGCAUUUGCUGAACUCCAGACAGAUAUGACUGACCUCACUGCAGAUUUAGAAUCUUCAGGCAUUCCUACCUUGGAUCAUAAAAAUUACAUUAUGAAAGUCUUCUUCCCAGGUGUUAGUGAUCAUCCUAUUUUAAAUGAUCCCAAGAUUAGAGUGAAUGGUCCAAGAACAAACUAUGAUGCAGCAAUGUUGCAAUUUGAACAGCUGAUUAAUAACAAAUACUUUAUAUUGACUUUUAUUGAGACUUUAGAAGCACAAAAAUCUUUCAAUAUACGGGACAAAGUGAAUGUUGCAUCAUUACUAAUGGUGGUACUAAUGGGCAAAAUGGAAUAUGCCACUGAUGUGUUGUGUAGCUUACUUCUGCGCCUAAUUGAUAAAUCUGUGUGCACCAAACAUCCUCAGCUAAUGUUGAGAAGAACGGAAUCAGUUGUCGAAAAGAUGUUGACAAACUGGAUGGCACUUUGCAUGUAUAAUUAUUUAAAAGAUUAUGCUGGUUCAUCAUUAUUCUUACUUUUUAAAGCAAUUAAGCAUCAGAUAGAGAAAGGACCAGUUGAUGCCAUAACUCAUGAUGCACGAUAUUCUUUGUCAGAAGAACGGUUGUUAAGAGAGCAGAUUGAACAUGGAGUAGUGACGAUCCAUCUUGUGCAAGAGGAUCCGCAUUAUGAAAAGAUCCCUUAUCAAACGUACCAAACUCUCCAUGUGGUUCAGGAUGACCUCGAUGAAAAGAUUCAAUGCAAAGUUCUGGAUUGUGACACUAUUAGCCAGGUCAAAUCUAAGAUCUUAGAUGCAUUGUACAAAAACACUCCGUUUUCAAUGAGGCCAUCCAUUCAUGAAGUUGAUUUAGAAUGGAGACACGGCCGUGGAGGUCACUUAACAUUACAAGAUGAAGAUCUGACCACAAAAUCAACUGGUGGGUGGAAGAAACUGAACACGUUGGCACAUUAUGGUGUGAAGGAAUCUGCUGUCAUGUCUCUUAUUCCUCGCCAAAAUGAUAGCUUCAAUGCAAAUUGUAAACAGCCAUGUCAGAAUUGUACUGGUACAUAUUUUACAAAUUCUUUAUCACCAAUUAUUACUGCUAAUGGUGAUGUGGAAGCUGGCUCAAAUUUGAGAAUAUAUCACUUGGUUAAACCAAUUGAUGAACAUCAUUAUCAAAAUAAUAAAACAUCAGAAAGAACUCAUAAAGCAAUUCCAGAAAUAUUUUUGACGAGACUUCUCUCCACAAAAGGUACCAUCCAAAAAUUUGUAGAUGAUUUCUUCAACACAAUUUUAACAGCAAAUGAUGCAUUGCCACCUGCUGUAAAAUGGUUGUUUGAUCUUCUGGACGAGGCUGCCCGUAGGCAUAGUAUUGCUGAUCCAGAAGUAGUACAUGCCUGGAAAUCUAACAGUCUUCCAUUGAGAUUUUGGGUCAAUUUUAUCAAGAACCCAGACUUUAUCUUUGACAUUAAUAAAACAACAACAGUAGACUCAUGCUUGUCCGUGAUUGCUCAAACAUUCAUGGAUUCUUGCUCUACAACUGAACACCGUCUUGGAAAAGAUUCUCCAUCUAAUAAGUUACUGUUUGCCAAGGAUAUUCCCCAUUAUCGAGAAAUGGUGUCUCAUUUUUACUGUGACGUCCAAAUUCUACCCCAAAUCACAGAUCAAGAAAUGAGUACAGCCAUGCAGCAGUUAUCUAUUUCACAAUUGGGUGAAUUUGACACUGUAUCAGCGCUCAAGGAACUUUACAUCUAUGUUACAAAGUACAGUGACCAGAUCCUGGAUGCACUGGAUGUUGACCCCUAUUGCAAGAAAAUGCAUUUAGCACACAAAUUGGAAAAUGUGGCCUGCACUCUUGAAGGAGAGGAGACAUCAACAUGCUGACGACGAGAGUCACCUGAUCUCCUGCUGGCGGAGCUAAGCUGAGCUCCAGUGAGACAAGACUGUGAUAUGCUUCGUAACUGCAAACUGUGAUCCGGAGGCUGCAAGGCUGUAAGGCAGCAAGUGAAGUCUGCCAUGAAGCAAUUUAUUCACUGUAGGGAUCAGGUGACUGAGCCUGGGGGGGGCGGCAAGGGAGGAUCGAAGCCUGCUGAUUGCCUCCACUGGCUUAUCUUUCUUUUUUUAAGUACAAGGGCCAAAAACUUACAGGACAGCAGUCUGAAUGUUAAUUGUCAUUGUAAAAGCAAAAUAGUUUCCUAACGAUGAGUGCCUCGAAAAUGAUGCUAGAGAAAAAGUGUCAAAAAGUAUCCUUAUGAGGAUGUAGAUUUGUGGGAGGAUUUACAGAGCUAUUAUUUUAAAUCCCCGUUUUUAUAUAAAGAAAGAACACUUAGUAAACGCUGCUACAAAAUUUUAAAUUUGUAACCAUGGUAAGUUGCGGGAAAUUACUUACCAAUAUUUUGUUGGGGUUUUGUUAAAUAAGAGUAUAGGCCAGAUAGAGACUGUCCUAAGAUUGGUGUAAGUUUGUAUCAUAUGUAUAUUUCUUUAUAGCUUUGAUAACUCAACUGUUCACCAUAAUUGUGAACAGUGAAUUGGCAGCAAAGCUUUGGUAUGAAAUACCCUUCAUGCGCGUGCAGCGGCAGGCAUAGGGUGGCCAGUCCAGUGUUGAUAUUUCUGUAACUCUUGCUGCUGUCAAUGUAUGAAGAUCAUACACCUGAACACUCUCAAGUUAUUGGCACAAGACUGAACUCCCCAGUCCCAGUAUCGUUUAUGAGAGUCAUGUACUCCUCAUCACAAAAGUGAACUGCAGCAGAACUGUUGCUUUGGUUUGGGUUGGGCUAUGUUUUAUGCUUGAGUGCCAGCAUUUUCAUUGCACUGUGAAAGCUGUAGAGAUUUCCUAGUCUGAAAGUGUAGGGGGCUACAGACACGCCGCCCCCUCUCAGUAUCAAGAAGCAGCUACAUGUACUUGGAGAGGAGUUGGGACCAAGCCAGGCGCCAUGGACUGACUGACUGUUUUGAUUUCUUCUCCUUUUAUUCUAGUUUGUGUUGAGAAGACAACAGGACACAAAAUGAACUGAAUUCGAUUCAGAGAAUUCGGUACAUUCAUCCUCUAUUCUUGUUCAGCCCCAUACCUUCAUCUUAUUUCCAAUUCAGUGGAAGUAUAUUGAACAGGUUAAUUGUGUAUAUUGUUUAUGAAGUAUUCACAAAUACUAAUUCCAAGGGCACAUCCUAUAUGUUUAAUUGCUGCUCCUGGCCUCAGGCCCUUCCUGUGCUUUUCAUAUGCUGUUUGGAAUUACUGUUGAACCCAGGUGGUAUGUGAAAUUAUUCAUAUCACAAUAGCAGUGUUUGUGUUAUGUGUAUCAUUAAUUUCGUACCCAAAUUGAAUUUAAAUCUACUUCAUAUACAUGCAAUAGAACAUGGGGAAACAGUGCCACUGAACAUUUUUUGUAUUCAACCACAAUACUGUUUGUUCUGUGUCUGGGGGACAGUAGAAUUCAUUCAAAGUAUAAAACCUGUACUCUACACUCAUCCUUCCAACUGGCACAACGCAGCUACUAGCUGAUUUUCACUUUUUUGCCUUUGUAACACUCCAAGUAGAGCAGCAUGGCCCAAUGUGAGCAUAUUUGUAGAAACACCCAAUGCAUUUAUUUAGUAAAGUCCUAUUUUGGUGCCACUCUUAAGUAAUUCCAAACAAAGCCGCAAUGCAGCAUUUGAUAUUGUUUUCAAGCUGUGUCACUUAUCUUCCAACACGAAGAAAUGAUCUACUGAGUAUUGCCAGGAGGUGAUGUGUGUAUGGCAGUGUUUAUGAAUCUAGAACCAAUAGAUGACCUGUACUGGACAUUUUCUGGUUACAUAUUAUACAAUAAAAUGUUAAAUAUUUCUUAAAUGGAGUAUUUUCUUUUCAUUUAAAUGUUUUAAAUAAUGGGAAAUG